GUCACACGCAGCCAAAUAAAACAGCUUUAAGAAAGCUCUAUUUUUAUAUUUACUAUUGUAAAUGAAGGCAAGCAGCAAAUAAAUAAAUAUAGAAUAAAUAAUUACACUCAAGUAAAUUAAGAAUGGCUGACAGAGCUAUCAAACUGCUAAUAAUCGGCGAAAGUGGCGUUGGUAAAUCCAGCCUGGUACGUCGCUUUGUGGAAAACAAAUUCGAUGAGAACCAUGACGUCACAAUUGGCAUGGACUUUAAAUCGGCGGUGAUGAAUGUAGAUGGCAUUGAUUACAAAGUCGCACUUUGGGACACAGCUGGCGCUGAAAGAUUUCGCAGUCUAACGCCCAGUUUCUAUCGGAAAGCUCUGGGCGCAAUUCUCGUUUACGAUAUCACAGAUCGCGAUUCGCUUGUGAAAUUGGAGGCAUGGCUUGCGGAGGUGGAUAGCUUCAGUGAUAAUCCCAACAUUGCCAUAAUUGUGGUGGGCAAUAAGAUUGACAAGGAUCGUGUUGUGGAUCGCGAGGAGGGACGCAAAUUUGCACGCAAGCAUCGAGCGCUAUUCAUUGAGACAUCAGCGAAAUGUGAUCAGUUUGUGAGCGAUGCAUUCAGAGAUAUUGUGGAAAAGAUUGUGUCAUCAGAAUAUUUUGGCUCCGGCACCGGUGCAUCGAAUGGCAUGACUAUUGAUAACACACAGGAUGUUGAUGCUGCCGGAUCGACGUGUUACUGUUGAUCGAUGAUGGCCUCAUUUGGAUAACCAAUCUUUUGUCAAAUUUCUAGAGUGUAUUUAUUUAAACAACCAAAAAAAAGCGUUUCAAAAAUAUCAUUAGCAUAAAGUCAAA